AUGAUGCUUAAGGCCCAACUCGCUGUCUUGCUCCCAAUGAUCUCGUCGGCCAUUGCCAUCUGCCCUGGCUUCAAUUUUGGAGUCGGGAACGUCAUCCCGUUGGGAAACGGUGUUAACCGAUGGAACGUCUACAAUUCGAACUGCGACGUCGUCGACGGAUUGACCACCAACCAGAAUCCGUGCACCAGCGGUACCUUCGGGUGUACCCCUCCUCCCAUUCUUUUCAAUCGCUACACCAAUUCGUUCACCGGUUUAAUUUACAACUGCCGACCUGACCCCAACUCUGGUCGAUGCGGAAACGAUGUCAUCUCUGUCUGCUGCCGCAAUGAUGGAAACUGA